AUCGACUUUAAAAUGUCUUGCAUCAAAAAAAGAAGCAAGAAUGUUUCCGACGCCGAGAAAGAGAUUCUUAUUGAUCUCAUAAAACCCAAACUUGCGAUCAUAGAAAACAUUAAGACUGAUAGUAUUACAAACAAAAUAAAAGGCAAGACAUGGGAAGACAUAACAAUGGAUUAUAAUGCAUUGCAAACAACUGGCAUAAGAACUAUUGUCCAGUUAAAAGCAAUGUUUGAUAUCAUGAAGCGCAAUACCAAGAAAGCCCAAAGCAGCGAAAAAGUCAAUACUUACUUACUCCAACCUAAUGGACAAACGGAAAGAGAAAAAGAAUUAAUAGUUGAUCUUAUUUCAUCAAAUCAACUAUCAAUCGAUCAAUCUGUUAAUUUGGAUUUUCAAACUCAAGCAUGGGAAAAUAUUGCUGAGUCAUAUAAUGAGCUACAAACAAGUGGAAAAAGAUCAAAAGAAACCUACAAAACUGGAGGUGGGAAAGCUAAUUGUCAUUAUACUACUACAAGUAGUAAAAUUGCUGGUAUGCUAGGUGAACGAUUUCAAUCACUAGAGUCUCCUUAUGACUGUGAUGGAGAUUAUCCUGUUGAAGUUUCAUUAAAUAGCCCAGAUUUGUUUACAUACGAUAUUGAUCAAAAUGUCAGUACUGUUAAUGAUGAGGGUUCAAUAUAUUGUGAUCUAGGCCCAGAUGAUAUAGGUUCUUCUGCAGAUAUGAGUGUUGUACAGCCAAUUUCUAUUGAAUAUAAUGAUGUGAUAAGUGACAAGUUAAAAACCAUCAAUCAGCAGAGAAAAACAACCAUUACACAACCUAUUACAACAUCUACACCUCUAAAAAUUAAUAAAUCAUCAAAACAAUCAAAUUCGAAGACAGCUUUUGAAAGUCUGAAUGAUAUAACGUCACACCAUUUAAGUACUUGUAACACAAAGAAAACAUUUGUUGAUCAAUAUAAUGACGUAAAGCUUAAGAGAGCAAAUGUUCAACUAGACAUUGCAGAAUUAGAAAAAAAUAUUUUAAUUGCAAAACAAAAGGCAGAUAGUGACCAUUAUCUUUCUCAAGCUAGACAAAAUAAAAUGAAGGAAGAGAUUUUAGAACUUAGUCUAAAAAAUAGAAAGAAUUUAUGUUAUUGUUAA